UAUGCGUAUCUGAUUCACGAGAUCUGCUCUCAAGUCUUACUAUUUCUCGCAUAUUUAACAUUUGAACUUUCUCUCUGCAAGUAAUAUUUCAAUUCUCUCGUCUCAUCAACUGAAAAUAGAGCGCUCCUUUUGACUUCAGAAGAUCUCUCCAUCAUUUUCUUGCUGUACCUUCUUCUUAUUCAUCUUCUAAUUUUCCCGAGAAACAAACUGAAGGUUGCAUUCUUUGGUCUACCUGUGCAGAGAAUUAGGUUUUUUUUUUUGUGAAUUAGCAGAUUUAAUGUGCUGGAGUUCAUUUGAAUCAAGUAACUGAGAAUUUUGGAAGCUGGCCCUGGCGACAGAAUCAGGAUUUUGAUAAUUUUUUGGCGAUUUUAGGGUUUAAUAUUCAAGAGGAGAGUUCUGCUUGGUCUGCUUUAUCCAAUUCGAUUGUUGUGUUUGGAUUGCCAGCCAAUCAAGGUUCAAUCGAUCUGAUUUUGGGACUUGGGGCUUAUAAUGGUAGUAUGACAAUGGUGCGGCUUCUGGGACUGAGUCGUGGAGAAUCAGACGAGUCACCCAGGGAGAUCACCUCCCGAACUAGCCUAUUAAGUGAGUCAGGCGAGAGCGGGUGGCUAAUCAGGUUCUUCGACUCGGCCUUUUUCUGUGAGUGGAUCGCAGUGAGCUACCUAUACAAGCAUGAUCAUGCUGGUGUACGUGACUAUCUAUGUAAUAGAAUGUAUACAUUGCCUUUAUCAGGUAUCGAAAGUUACCUGUUCCAAAUUUGUUACAUGGUAAUACACAAGCCCAGCCCAUCUUUGGAUAAGUUCGUCAUUGAUAUAUGCUCAAAGUCACUACUGAUAGCUCUGAAGGUGCAUUGGUUUUUGUUGGCGGAGAUUGAGGAUUCUGAUGAUAAUGAAGGGAUUAGUAGGAUUCAGGAGAAGUGUCAGAUUGCAGCUACUUUGAUGGGAGAAUGGCCUCCACUUGUGCGGCCACCAAGUGAGUCUUCUAGCGUUGGAGGUAAGAACCCGGUUCUGAAUAAAAUCUUGUCAUCAAAACAGAAGUUUUUGUCACUGACAUCUUCACCACCUACUAAUAAGUCUCUGUCUUUUUCACCCUCAUCCGGGAGUAGUUUAGUUGAGGAUGGAAAUCUAUUAUCUCCAGACCAGAACAGCAUAUUUAAGAAGUUUAUUCCUGGUCCAAAAGUUAGGGAUGCAUUGUUGUUCAGGAAGUCAGUGGAGAAAGAUGAGGAAGAGAGUGAGAAGGAUGGAUUUUUUAAGAGACUUUUGCGAGACAGCAGUAGAGGUGACGCUGAGGAGUCGGCAUCAAAUUCAGAUGGGUUUUUCAAGAGGCUUUUGAGAGAUAACAGUAGAGGAGAUGAUGAGGAAAUUACGUCAACAUCAGAUGGCAUUUUUAAGAGGCUUUUAAGGGAUAGUAAAGGUGAAGAUGAGGAGUUGACGUCUAGCUCGGAAGGGUUUUUUAAGAGGUUGUUUCGGGAUAGCAAGAGUGAUGAUGAGGACAAAUCUGUUUCUAAAUCAGUGGAAGAUGAUGAAAAGGAAGGAUUCUUUAGGAAAUUUUUUAAGGAGAAGUUUGAGGACAAGAAGGAUGAGCAUGAAGAAAGGGUGAGCUCUGAAGAGAAAUGUUCUAAAUCUGCAGAGGAUGAAGAAAAGGAGGGGUUUUUUCGCAAAUUAUUUAAGGAUAAGUUUGAGGACAAGAAAGAUGGAAAUGGUAAAAUUGAUGACAGAAAUGCCAAAGAUGGAAAUGGUAAAAUUGAUGACCGAAAUGCCAAUGGCGAGGAAGAAGAAACUUCCGAAUUUUCAUUGUUUCGAAGAUUGUUUCGGGUGCAUCCUGAGGAUGCCAAGAAUACUGCAUUGAAUGAAAAUGGGAAUGGUGGAGGUUUGUUUGAGAGCAGCCCUGGAACUGAAAGAUUUUUUCGCAAACUAUUUAGAGAUCGUGAUCGUUCAGUUGAAGAAUCAGAGUUGUUUGUUUCAAAGAAGAACAAAGAGAAGCGGCCAGGUUCACCAAAGCAGCAGAAUGACAAGUCAAACACAAAGCCUCCACUUCAUAACAAUACUGCAUCACAUUUCAGAAAAGGGGCUUAUCAUGAAUCACUGGAUUUUGUGAUGUCACUAUGUGAGACUUCUUAUGGCUUAGUAGAUGUAUUUCCUCUUGAAGAUCGGAAAAGUGCUCUUCGUGAGUCACUUGUGGAGAUCAAUUUGCAUUUAGCUGAAGCUCAAAAUAGUGGAGGAAUUUGCUUUCCGAUGGGAAAGGGAAUGUAUCGUGUAGUUCAUAUACCUGAAGAUGAAGCCAUUCUUUUGAAUUCUAGGGAAAAGGCACCAUAUAUGAUUUGUGUUGAAGUUUUGAAAUGUGAAAUGCCAAGCAAUAACAAGGGUACAUUCGGUGGUCAAAAACUUUCCAGAGGAGGUAUUCCUCUAGCUAAUGGAGAUGCAUUUUUGCCAAAGCCACCUCCGUGGGCCUAUCCUUUGUGGACUACCCAGGAAGUGUAUCGCAAUAGCAGUGAUAGGAUGUCAAGAUCUACAGCUCAAGCCAUUGACCAGGCAAUGUCCCAUAGUUUGGAGGCAAGACAGAAAUUUGCUAAUGUAAGCCUCUCUGUGGUGAAGCAAUUGCCUCGCCAUCCAAUAAACACCAAUGCACAGGAUAUCCACCAUGGCAUUAAUCGCAGUGGACUGCAUCAAAGAGCAACUAAUGAUGGGGAAUUUGAAUGGGUAAGGGUAGUGCUGACAGCAGACCCUGGUGUCCGGAUGGAUGACAUUGGGGAUCAAGAACCACCUCGUCGCAGGGAGCAUCGUCGUGUUCCCAGUACGAUUGCCAUAGAAGAAGUGAAGGCUGCUGCAGCCAAAGGUGAAGCCCCUCCUGGACUUCCUCUAAAGGGGGCUGGGCAAGAUUCGUCAGAUGCACGACUGAGGGUUAAUGGUGGAACCCCUAAGGCCAGUGAUGCUCUAUCUGGUGAGCUCUGGGAGGCAAAGAAAGAGAGGAUUCGUAAAGCUUCUGUAUAUGGAAAAUUACCUGGUUGGGACUUGCGCUCUGUUAUUGUGAAGAGUGGUGAUGAUUGUAGGCAGGAGCAUCUCGCUGUGCAACUUAUUUCGCAUUUUUAUGAUAUAUUCCAAGAAGCUGGUCUCCCGCUCUGGUUGCGUCCCUUUGAAGUUCUGGUCACUUCAUCUUAUACAGCUCUCAUUGAGACGAUUCCUGAUACAGCCUCACUUCAUUCUAUCAAGAGUAGAUAUCCCAACAUCACGAGUUUGCGCGACUUCUUUGUUGCUAAGUAUGAGGAGAACUCCCCAAGUUUUAAGCUUGCGCAGAGGAACUUUGUUGAAAGUAUGGCCGGAUAUUCCCUAGUGUGCUACCUGCUGCAGGUGAAGGAUAGGCACAAUGGAAACCUUUUACUGGAUGAAGAUGGUCACAUUAUACAUAUUGAUUUUGGAUUCAUGCUCUCUAAUUCACCUGGUGGUGUCAAUUUUGAGAGUGCUCCCUUCAAAUUAACCAGAGAACUCCUUGAGGUUAUGGAUUCUGAUGCUGAGGGAGUUCCAAGCGAGUUCUUUGACUAUUUUAAAGUUUUGUGCAUUCAAGGCUUCUUAACAUGUCGUAAGCAUGCAGAGCGGAUUAUUCUUCUUGUUGAGAUGUUGCAGGACUCUGGUUUCCCUUGCUUUAAAGGUGGUCCACGGACCAUACAGAACCUAAGAAAACGAUUCCAACUAAGUUUGACAGAAGAGGUAAUAUAUAACUUCGUUGUUCAUAUCAUUCUGCUCAAGGUUUUACCACUGUGGUUGUUGAAUAUAAUGUGUUGCUUUCAAGCAGCAAUGUGUCUCCUUGGUGCUUUCUCUUAUCAGUAGCAGCCUAGAUGCUUGGCGGACACGGCAGUAUGACUAUUAUCAGAGAGUUUUGAAUGGAAUAUUGUGAGGUUUGGUUUUGCAUGGCAACGGAAACUUUGCUCCCUUUGACAAUUGCCAGUUACAGUGAAGCAUUUUGAUCGGAGUGUGAUGUGAAUCACUGUGCAAGGGCUAUUGGUUCGCUGCAUUUGUGGCUCUGGAGUUUAUGUUGAAGAUGUUGUGAAUCCUGGUUAGUGAUAACAGAUUGUGGCCUGUUUUCUCUUGGCGUGAGGAAUUUGUAAUUGUAUCAGCUGAAAUACUUUUAGGAAGUCCAGCAGGCUAAAUUGUCUUCGGUGGAUUCUUCACUGUUUCCCCUUGUCAUUUAAUAUGGAACUCUGCUUGCUUUUGGGGAAUGUAGUUAUUCAAAAUCAAAAAGGAGGUGUGCACUUUCACCUCUUCAUACAACAUGUACAGAUUCAUUUCUACGAAGAUGACAGGCCAGACGUGAAAAGGCUUGCAACGCCACAAUUGUUGGUCAAAUUUCACAUAGCUGUCAGAAGCAAUACAAGCACCAAAUACUCCUGAUUUUAUAUACCUAUAGUUUUGCCCUUUGACGUUGCUAUAUUCUUCAGAUAGAAGCGUCAGACAUCAGAUUUGGCGAUCUAUCUUCAGUUCUGAUAUCAACCAUUUGAUAGCAAGUCUUCCCUGGUAUAACUUAUCGACACUUGUUUCCCAGAGAAGUGCUGAUAAAAUUCUUAUUUGCGGCAAGUGAAUAUAUCAUGUGAGAUUGUAUCCCAUUUUCUUUAGAGGUGUGAGAAAAAAUUGUUUAUUGAAAUCCUAGUCGUAUAUCAUAGUCGUUGGUGGGGAUAGAGUUCUGGUCCCAUUUGUGUAUUUGAUGGACUUGAGUUUGUAAGCUAGGUUGCAUUGGAUAUGGUAGGUUUUGUGGGUCAGUGUUAGAAAUAUGUCUUGAUUUGUCAACUGUAGGACCAUUGGUGUAAAUAUGUUAAAGCAACUUGAUGCGAAGGCUUGGCAAUGUCUCCUGGUACAGUGGGAAAUUUUACUUGGCAAUUCCUGUGAUGAGAUGUGAUUUUGUUGAUUCA